GAAAGAGAGGUCGAAAUCUCGCUUGCAUUGUUCCUUCGCUAUGGUUGAAUCCUACUGCCAUUUCCUCUCUCUCCUAUUCCUCAUCUCCCCUGCCGCCUGCCUCGGACGCCUCCGAUCCGCCGAGCAACCGCUGUGUUCUCGAUCGGACCACGUCUUCCUCAUCCACCACGGAUCUCAAUGCCCUUCUUCAGUCAACAAGUCUCUGCCUGUGGAGAUAACAAGCCAUCCUAAUCUGCUUUGAGCUGCUCGACACCACCAUGACGGCGAAGAGCGAGUCUUCCAGCGGCGACGGCGAGGCCACCCCCACUGUUCCGGAGUGGGUGGCCACCUUGGCGAGGCAGCAGUACUUCACCAGCGGCGGCGACGACGGCGGCGAAGCCAUUGGGGUGCCGGUGUGGUUCAUCGCCUCAAAGAGGGUGGAGAACUCCGACCUCGACACGCAGCAGAACCGCCUCUACCUUCCCACCGACUCCGUCGGGGCCAAUCUCGUCGGCCUCCUCUCCCUGGAGGAGCGCACCAUGGCCAGCCUCGUCGGCGACAUCGGCCAGCCUAGUAAGCGGUGCCGCACGGAGGCAGCGGAAGAGGAGAUGAGGGAGAAGCAGAAGGCGGCGGGGCGGGCGCACGGAGGGCUGCCAGUGCGGGUGUACGCACGGUGCGGGUUCGUGUUCUACCUUUGGCUGACUCUAUGGGACGGAAGCGGUGACACCGUGAUCCAGGGCCACGAGCUCAAGUUGUUCCGGUCAUUCAGUUCGCUGAAGAAGGGUGAGGACAUUGACGUUUGGGCCUUCCGCCGCCGCGGGGAACUUUGCUUUGCCAUCGGGAGGCCAUGAACUGCUAGCUGGACCACCUGCUACAAUUUACUACUUUGUUCUGUUCUGUUCUGUUCUGUUCUGUAUUAUGAACACUUUUUUGGGAUCUAAAUCGUUAGUAACAAAUAUAUAAUGCUUAGUUGAUUUAAUUGUGAUGUAUAUAUACG